AUGUCAUCAACCCAGAGCAGGAUAGCCGAACUGGCGGCUACCGUUGCAACACAUACGAAUCGGAUAGACAGUUACCUCUCCAAGAAGGGACUGCCGUACCCGUCCUUCGGAGCCGACGGGCCAAGCGAUCUUAACCUGCCGCCCGAAAUCGAGCAAUCCCGUAGAGCGGUCCUCGAAGCAAGCCAGGAGCUCAACGACCUUCUCCAGGGGCCGAGAAACCUACUUUCCAACCACGAGGUAUCACAACCAGCUACUCUAUCUGAAGCUAAUCUCGCGCUUUGGCUCGCCCACGAAGUGCCCCUGGAUGGUGAGAUCACUUACGAGGACCUAGCAGCUUCCGCCGGCGUUGAUUGCGCGGCGCUCCGUCGUGUCUUACGCUUCGGCAUCGCGUCUCGCGUCUUCAGGGAGCCUCGCCCGGGAGUCAUUGUGCAUUCCGCGCCCUCGAAGCAGAUCGCGGAGGAUCCGCGUAUGGCUGACUGGGUCGGGAGUAACGUAGAUGAUAUGUGGCCGUCGGCGGAAAAGGUCGUGGAUGCGUUGGUCAAAUGGCCUAUGGCCGACGAGCCCAAUGAGACUGGUUUUUCGCUGGCCAAUGGGACGUCUAAAAACUUCUAUAAUAAACUCUUCGACGAUCCAGAACGCGCACGGCGUUGCGGUGGUUCGAUGAGCUGCUUUACGACCAGCGCCGGAUAUUCUUUGAGUCAUUUGACCGACAAUUACUCCUGGGAUUCACUUGAGAAUGGCACUGUCGUCGAUCUGGGUGGCUCUCAUGGUGAUACGGCAUUUGCCCUGGCUCGAAAGUACCCUAAGCUCCACUUAGUUGUACAAGAAUUGCCCGAGGUGGUUGCAAACUCCAAAGAAGAACCCGGCCUGGACGUCAAAUUUAUGACCCAUAAUUUAUUUGAGGAACAGCCGAUCAGGGGCGCCGAGGUCUAUUUAUAUCGUUGGAUAUUCCACAACUGGCCAGAUAAGUACUGUGUCAAGAUCCUCAAGGCUUUAACGCCGGCUCUAAAGAAGGGCUCCCGGGUUCUGAUCAUGGACUUCGUGAUGCCACCUCCCUGUGUGCUCCCAAAUAGCGCCGAGCGAAAGUUACGAGCUAUGGACCUCACGAUGCUCGAGGUUGGCAAUGCUAAAGAACGCGAUCUUGACGAAUGGAAGUCUUUGUUUGAACAGGCGGAUCGGAGGUUCGCCUUCAAAGGAGUACAGCGACCGCAGGGUUCUAACCUAGCUAUUCUCGAGGCGACUUGGGAAGGAUGAGAUGGAAAAUUGCAAGUG